GUAUGUUAGUUGAAGGAAGAUUGCUGCCUGGUGUUACUGUUUUUAUAACAUCGCGGCCCACAGCGCAACGUGCCUUUGAACUACUAAGGUUUCAAAGGACUGUGGAGAUCCUGGGAUUUUUUGAGGAUCAGAUUAAGGAAUAUGUUUUCAAGUUUUGUUGGAAAGACAAGAGUACUGCUAGAAAGAUUUUCGAUUGCAUUGACAGUUCUCUAGAACUUCGUAGCUUGUGUUAUAUUCCCGUUAACUGUUACAUCAUCUGCCUGACCUUGAAGGAAAGCUUCAUCAAUAAUGCUGAGGAUAUUCCAAAGACUAUCACGGAAUUAUACAAAAGAGUGGUGAAAAUCUUACUCUGGAGACACCAUCCACGCUGCAAAUCAGGAUCAAUACCGAAGCCAGACAGGGGUUAUCUUAUAAAGCCUUUACCAAGCGAGCUAGAUGAUGAAAUACAGAAGAUGAAAAGACUUGCAAAAAAAGGAAUGGAGGAAGGGAAAUUGAUUUUUGAUGAAACACACCUUACAGGCUUUGAAAAUGUAGUCAAUUGUGGUUUACUUCACCAAAUACCAGACAAAAGACGUAAUUAUUUUUGCUUUCUUCAUUUGACUCUUCAAGAGUUUCUUGCUGCAUGGUGCGUUGUUGACGACUGGAAAAGCAUUGGAAAGUUUUUGGAUGAUCAUCGGGCAGAUCCUAAAUGGCAUUUGGUGAUAGAGUUUGUUGCUGGUUUAGUUGGCGACUCGAAGAAAGAGAAUAAAAGAUUGAAUAUCGAUGAUGUUCAAAUGAGACUUGCAAAAUGGGUCUUGCAUCUAAAAUCUAGCUAUGGUAGCAAAACCCUUGGCUUUCUUGGCAUCAAAUGCCUUUACGAAUUACAAGACUGGGAUGUAAUCAGAUCAGUUUGUGCAAAAUUACAAAGUGCAACAGAAGAAAUUUCUAUAAGUGAUGUCUCUUUUACGCCAGUUGAUUGCAAUGCAUUAUUCAAAUUUCUCUCUGAAUGUAGACACAUAAAAAAAAUCGUAUUUGAUAAAUGCAAAAUGCUUGAUAACCAUAGCUUUGUAUCCAACAACGCCUCAUGCAAUCUAACUUCAAUCUCGUUUUUACGAUGUGAUUUUGGUAAUUAUUUUUUGAAACAUUUCAGUGACGCUUUAAAAAGCGAAAACUGUCCAAUUACUGAAUUGUUGAUUGGUGGAUCUAAUCUUUCAAAUAAAAGCACCGAAUAUGUGAGUGAAGCUUUAAAGAGCUCCAAUUGCAAGCUGACCAAGUUAACUUACGAAACAACUAAAAUUUCCACAGGAGGUGUCGAGGUUCUUAGUGAAGCUUUAAAAAGUAAAAAUUGUAAACUUACUGAAUUGAGCAUUUAUAACACAAAACUAGAACAUAACUCUUCGAAAUACCUUAGUGAAGCUUUGCAAAGCGAAGAUUGCAAAUUGACUAAAUUAACCAUCCAUAAUUAUAAAAUGUCUGAUCAUUUUACUAAAUGCAUUAUUGAAGCUUUAAGUAAUCCAUUUUGUAAACUUACUGAACUAAGUAUUUGUGGUAGCUAUACAACCGAUCUUUGCAUUAGAUACCUCAGUGAAGCCUUAAAAAGUGAAAACUGCAAACUAACGAAAUUGAAUGUUAGCAUUUUACAAAUUACCAAUGAAGGUAUGAAAGAUUUUAGUGAAGCUCUUGAAUCAGAGAACUGUAAACUUACUUCUCUAAGAAUUAACAGUUCUAAUUUACCAGAUCUUUGUGUUGAAUAUCUUAGUAAAGCUUUGAAAAGGAGAACUGCAAACUAA